GACAAGUCUCCGUGGCUCUGUUAAAUCCCUUAAGAGCAACACCCUCUUCCUCCCUCGGAUCUAGUCUUCAUCCCUAUACUCCUGCUCAUGUCCCUCCAUCUCCCGGCCCCAAACUCUCCCCAGACUGCAGAAGCGCGUUUUACCACCCACGCAGUUCAACCCUCAAAGCAUUGCUUUGCUUUUCAAGGGGUAAAAGACGACGUUUGCAUUGUUCCUCUGGAAGGAGGAGAGAGAAGAAGAAAGAAGGAGGGAAUCAGGGAUCAGGGAAGUCUGAGAGGGUCCGCGGUCUGGGUGGCAGGUGGGUGGAACAGUUGAGAGACUUCAGCAGCAAUUGCAAGGAUGGCAUCUCUCUCUGGAUCUACAAACUGGACAGAGCGGGGUGGUGGAGGCAGCACCACAGACUGGGCAAACCUGAGCUCUGCUGUCCCAAGAGCUCUGGAGGGAGCGGGGAUCUCAGGAAGCGACUGGAUGCAACUGGUGGCUCAGACUGGGAAUCUCUCUACUUCCUCGCCCUCCCUAGACUUAUUCGGGGGUGCCUUGGCCACUACCUCCCCAGAGCCUUUGCAACCAACUGCAAACCUCACCAACCAGUUUGUGCAGCCGUCCUGGCGCAUUGCGCUCUGGUCCCUUGCCUAUAGCAUGGUGGUGGCGGUGGCUGUCUUUGGAAACCUGAUCGUAAUCUGGAUCAUCCUGGCCCACAAGCGCAUGAGAACGGUGACCAACUACUUUCUGGUAAACCUGGCUUUCUCAGACGCCUCCAUGGCCGCCUUCAAUACCUUGGUCAACUUCAUCUACGCUCUGCACAACGAAUGGUACUUCGGAGCCAACUACUGUCGUUUCCACAACUUUUUCCCUAUCACCGCCGUUUUCGCCAGCAUCUACUCCAUGACUGCCAUUGCGGUGGACAGGUACAUGGCCAUUAUACAUCCUCUGAAACCCAGACUAUCUGCAACUGCUACAAAAGUCGUCAUUGGAAGCAUUUGGAUUCUGGCUUUCCUUCUUGCCUUUCCCCAGUGUCUUUACUCCAAAACAAAAGUGAUGCCUGGUCGAACACUUUGCUAUGUACAAUGGCCAAAAGGUCCCAAACAGAAUUUUACGUACCAUAUUAUUGUGACUGUCCUGGUGUACUGCUUCCCAUUGCUUGUCAUGGGCAUCACCUACACCAUUGUGGGAAUUACCCUCUGGGGAGGAGAGAUCCCAGGUGACACAUCAGACAGGUACCACGAGCAGCUCAAAGCCAAAAGAAAGGUGGUAAAAAUGAUGAUUAUUGUUGUAGUGACAUUUGCCAUCUGUUGGCUUCCCUAUCACAUAUACUUCAUCAUUACUGGAAUAUACCAGCACUUGAAUCGAUGGAAAUACAUCCAGCAAAUCUACCUGGCCAUUUUUUGGCUGGCCAUGAGUUCCACCAUGUACAAUCCAAUUAUCUACUGCUGUCUCAAUAAAAGAUUCCGAGCUGGUUUCAAGAGGGCCUUCCGUUGGUGUCCUUUCAUUGAAGUGUCCACUUAUGAUGAGCUAGAGCUCAAGGUCACCAGGUUUCACCCCACCCAACAAAGCAGCUUGUACACCGUGUCCAGGAUGGAAUCCAUGACCGUGGUGUUUGACCCCAGUGAUGACCCCAACUCUAAAUCCACACGAAAGAAGAAGGCAGCUUCAAGAGACACCAGCUUCAAUGGGUGUUCCAGCAGGAAUUCCAAAUCAGCUUCUACCACCUCUAGCUUCAUCACCUCCCCUUAUGUGUCUGCAGAUGAAUAUUCCUAAAACCCUUAGCUGUUAGCAAAGGUUCCACGAAAGGCAGAAUUAUGGUUUAAAAAAAGGACGUGUGUGCCUAUCUUAGACCCAUGUAUUUCUUGAGUCCCAACAACAAAAAAAAUGUCUGUAAGCAAUCAUGCUUCAUUGUAUGUGUUAGCCCUAAAGGCUACAACGGUUCCAUAACAGUAUUUGCUGUAAGGAAAAGGCUGAGGCUUUUUUUGUGCACGUAACAUGUUCCAAUAUGGUGAUCUGCAUCUCACAUGCAGGAAUAUCACUUAAUCUGUUUAAAACACCCUGUGGCUUUUUUUUUUAACAAAGUUCAAAUGUCGCUACAUGCCACUAACUUAACAUGAUUCUGUUGGUUAUUUGGCUCUUCUGAAGUUUCAAGUAAAUAGAUUUUAAAAUUAUCAUAACAGAAUGGGAAUAAAGUUUGUUCAAAUUCAGCUUGGAAGUAGAGAAGUUAAAUGCAUGAUACGGAUCAGAGCUAGAAGGCCUUUAGAAGCCAUCUAGUGAUUUCACAGAGGAGGAAUCAGAAGCCCAAGGGGAUGAAAUGAUUUGCCAAGUUCACAUAGAUAACAAUCACCGGGAGGCAGAAUUCAAAUCCAGGCCUUCCUACUCCAGAGUGCCCUUUUUGGUGUACUACAUGACUCCCCUGUGAACUGGCUGCUUUUACAACUCAUUUUUAAAAUUUCCAAUGUACUUUGCCUCUACAACAGUUCUCUGAAGUGGACAGCACAAAAAUGAGUAACCCUUUUUUUCAAAAUGAGGAAGCUGGGGCUCACAGUGGUUAAAUAAUUCCCACUGGUCACAUAGCUACUAAGUGCCAGAACUAUGACCCAAAUCCAGUCUCCAUUAUCUUAGACUAGAGAUAUCAAGCUCAAAUAAGAAAAGGAGGCCACUAAACCAUA